AUCCUCACAUGGACCAGAAAUCUCUUUCAAACCUCAGAUUGUGACAGUUCCUGGGUGAGCAGUGGAUCCUUGUCCCCCUCUCCUGAGGCUCUUGAAUGGGCCCUUGUCCUGGAAGGAGCCAUGGACCCCUGGCUUUGGUUAAUUUACUUCCUGCCCACAGUAUCUGGAGCCCUGGUGCUCCCAGAAGUCAAGCUGGAGGGGAUGCUGGGCGGAUCUAUUACCAUUGAGUGCCCGCUUCCUGAAACGUAUACGAGAGCGUAUCUGUGCCGCGAGAUAGACAAAUCUCAAGCGUGUUUCACCGUGGUGUCCAGCAUGCGCUUUGUCAGGAAGGAAUACAAACACCGCGUCACCCUGAAGCUGUAUCCAGACCAGAACCUGUUCCUAGUGGAGGUGACAGAGCUGACCCAGAGUGACAGUGGAGUCUAUGCCUGUGGGACAGGCCUGAACACAGACCGGGGCAAGAGCCAGAAAGUCACCCUGGAUGUCCACAGUGACUUCCGGCUCCUCCCAGAGCCCACCAGUGCAUUCCUCAUGCCUCCAGCAGAGUAUGACCCAUUCUGGGAAGAGGAGCCGUUUCCACCAUGGAGAGUUCCACCCAUGGAGAUGCUCCCUUGGUUCCAGAAACCUGUACUUGCCAGCUCCCUCGAAGAAGUCCUUUCCCAAGUGACCUCACCAGCUCCAAGGACAGAGGCCCCUCCAGCACACCCCUCCUCCCCCACCCCUCCAGUCACCCACCGCCCUCGAGUUUCCAGGUCAUCGGCAGUGGUGGCGGCCAAGCUCACAACCCGCCUGCCAUCCACCACAAGCUCAAAGACCCCAGCCCCGGAGAGGCUGCUCAGGCCCCAGACAGCCAGCUACAACCAGCACACCAGGCUUCACAGGCAGAGAGCCUCCCACCACAGCCCGGCGUCCCGAAUGGAAGACCAGGGGUUUCACCUCCUGAUCCCCACCUUCCUGAGCCUCAUCCUGCUGACCCUUCUGGGGCUGCUGGUGACCAGGAUCAUUCAGAGGAAGAAAGCCCUUUCCAGGCGGGCGAGCCGACUGGCCCUGAGGAUGAGCGCCCUGGCGGCCUCCCAGCGGCCCCAGGCGCAGCGGCCCCGCGUGUCCCCGCGGCCACGCUCCCAAAACAACGUCUACAGCGCCUGUCCCCGGCGCGACCGGGGGGCGCACGCUGCGGGUGACCUGGAGGCACCGAUCCCAAGGCCCGGAGCGUCGGCACCGCCCGCCCCGCCGCAGGUGCGCCCUGCCCCCGCCCAGGUGUCGGAAGCUCCCUGGCCCCACGUGCCGUCUCUGAAGACCAGCUGUGAAUAUAUGACCGUUUACCACCAGCCUGCCGCCAUGAUGGAGGAUGCUGAUUCAGAUGAAUACGUCAAUAUCUACUGCCUGACUCACCCCUCCAGCUGUCCCCCUGGGCCCAGGCCUCUGCGCCAAUGAGUCUGGUUUGUCUGCUGGUUUCCAACACCCGCUUCGUCUACUUUUAGAGCCCCUCGUGACAUCCCACAUCCCACCUUCCAUCCUGUCUCUGCCUCAUUGCCCUGAGCAUAGCUCAGUUCCCAUGGCUCUUCUGCAAACCCCGGUGGCCUUCAGGUGGCUUCUGGCCAUGCAGGGCAUUUGUCCCGAUGCCACCUGCUUCCCUUUCAAGCCCUAUAACAGGCUGUGGGAUUUGCAGACUCUCUUUGAUCACAGGGUUUUUGCUGCCUCAGCUCUAGACCAUGUGGCAUUAAUUUUGAUGUGAUGAAGGAUUCUAAAUUUUCAGAACCAUAUAUAUUUCCCUAUGUCCCUAAAUCUUCUUUAAGUCUCCCUUCCUUGAUGCUCAUAAGGAUCCUAACCCUAGCAUUUCCCCUCUUUUAAAUAUAGUUUUUGUCACUUCUAGAGGACUUCAAGGGAGAGAUUGACAACAAUACAGUCAUAGUAGGAGACUUUAAUACCGCUGACAUCACUGGAUAGAUCUUACAGACAAAAAUUAA